AUGACGGGCGCUCCGCCAUAUAACGCCCAGUCCCCGACUCAACAGCACCGGUAUCCGGCCUACACCUCUCCCAACAAGAACCCGUAUUACCCAAACAAUGAACAACCGCAAUAUCACCAUCCCCCCCAGACUCCCCCGGCAUUUGCCCCAGCUCCAGCCGCCGUCGCGCAAAGUCCGCACUUUUCCCACGCGUCCCCGAUGCCAGCUACUCUGCCGCCGCCCUUGAAUGGUUCCGCGCCACAUUCAGCUCACCCGGAGCCAUCGCCAUACCCGGGACACACCGCGGGUUCGCAGCUACCACCGCUGACGCGACCCUACCCCGGCUCUGUGAUGGCCGGGAACGGAGCCUCGCCCUACGGUUCCGCAACACCCCAUGGCCAUCCCUCCAAUCACCCAGAGGGCCAUUCGCAAUCGCCCAGAGAAUCCCAAUCCCCAUACCGCCCGCGAGGAAAUGGCGCUGGCUAUGGACCGCCGAUGAUGCGGGAGAGACCGGCGUCGCCUCACGAACCCAAGCCUGCCCGAGCCGCCGAUCCCAUGUCGUUUGCCAGUAUCCUCUCGGGUCCAUCGGAUGAACAGCCUGCGAGAAAGCCGUCUCCUGCCCCGGCCCCCACCCCCGCCCACAUACCACACGCUCCUCCUCCUCCCUUUGAAAACCGCCACUUGAACCACGGGAACCACGGGCCAGUACCUGCAGUUGUGUAUCCAAAGUCAGAGCCCCGAUUUGGCUUCGACAAGCGGAUGGAUGGACCGAGAGCUCCACCUGCCACCAAUGGGUUCACCAAGCCUGAAGUGGAACACUACCCGCCUGUUGUCCGUCCCCCGCUUCGGAAGCCUUUCCCACCUGGCGUGGAUCUAGAGCAGGUCAACCGUGCUAUGGCUGAGAUUGAUAACGCCGAAAAGAGCGAUGUCGAAGGGCCUGGAUUUGCCGUUGAAUUGGAACGGUACAAGGAGAAAGGCUACAAACGGUCAUUGGAGAGCAGUCGGGCAGAGCAAAUCCGUCGCAAGCGCCGUCGCAAUGAGUUCUUAGUCGACCUAGGCAGAUCCUUCGAACGGCAGGUUAUUCUUGGCAGCGAACGAUUCCGAGCGCGCAACGAGGGUGCCGUCAUUGCCGAAGUUCAACAAAAGGAGAUCCAGGACGAAAAGGAGCGCAAAAAGGACAUGCAGCGGAAGCGCCGUCGCGAGAACACCGUGCGCCAGGAGAUGCAAAAGAAGCUGGAGGCCGAACGCAAGGCCGACAAGGCUCAAGAACCCAGUGAAAAGGCCAAGUUCCUGCGCGAAGCUGAGCGAGCCCAGAAGAAGAUUCGCACUACCAAGCGCGCCUUGGAGGGAGGCGAUGGUCAGGACGAGCUUGGUGAGGUCGGUCCGAUUGCUCCUAACCUCGAAGGUGGCACGACGAGUCAAUUCCACAUUGCGCAGAACGAUCCUGCACGCCGCCGGUCAGGCCGCGCCGCCGGUCCAGUCACUCGUCCGAAAAAGUCCAAGGAGCAAAAACAGGCCGAGAAGGAUCUCGCGGAGGCCGCCUGGAAUGCUGGGCUGGAUGAUGAUCUGUAUCUCACCCCGAGCACGAAGAGAGACCCUCGGCAUUCCAAGGAGGGCACUCCCAUGUCACAACUCAACCACGACAGCAAGGGCUACAACCAGAUCUAUGAGCAGAUCUGGCGUGAUAUUGCCCGCAAGGAUAUUCCGAAGGUCUAUCGCAUCAAGACUACUUCUCUUUCCACUCGCCAAGAGAAUCUGCGCAAAACGGCCCAGCUGGCCAGCAAGCAGUCCCGCAAGUGGCAGGAACGCACGAAUAAGAGUACCAAGGAUACCCAGGCCCGUGCCAAGCGAGCGAUGCGCGAAAUGAUGACUUUCUGGAAGCGCAACGAGCGUGAGGAACGUGACUUGCGCCGUCUGGCCGAGAAGCAGGAGCUUGAAUCUGCUAAGAAGGCCGAGGCCGAUCGCGAAGCCAACCGACAGAAGCGCAAGCUGAACUUCCUUAUUUCGCAGACCGAGUUGUACUCCCACUUUAUCGGGCGCAAGAUCAAGACCGACGAGGCCCAAGGAGAUGGUGCCGUCGCCGCCACCGGCGAGACCGUUCAACCUGGCAAGCCCGGUGCGCACACGAUCAACCUUCCCGACAGUGUGGCCAAUCUCAAUGCCAAAACCACUGCAUUCGAAGACCUCGAUUUCGAUGCCGAAGAUGAAACUGCCCUGCAGCAGGCUGCCAUGGCUAAUGCGCAGAAUGCUGUGCAGGAAGCCCAGGACCGUGCUCGCGCGUUUAACAACCAAGCAGAGGGCGACAAUAUGGCCGCAUUCGAUGACGGAGAGAUGAACUUCCAGAACCCGACCAGUUUGGGUGACAUCGAAAUCUCCCAACCUACCAUGUUGAAUGCCCAACUGAAAGAGUAUCAGCUCAAGGGUCUCAACUGGCUUGUCAACUUGUAUGAGCAGGGUAUCAACGGUAUCCUGGCAGACGAGAUGGGUCUCGGUAAAACUAUCCAGUCUAUUUCCGUCAUGGCCUACUUGGCAGAGGUCCACAAUAUCUGGGGUCCAUUCCUGGUCAUUGCGCCAGCAUCCACCCUACACAACUGGCAGCAAGAAAUCACCAGGUUUGUACCGAACAUCAAAGUACUACCCUACUGGGGUAAUGCCAAGGACCGCAAGAUUUUGCGAAAGUUCUGGGAUCGCAAGCAUAUUACAUACAAUCGCGAUUCCGAGUUCCAUGUUCUGGUCACCUCGUACCAGCUUGUCGUUCUUGACGCACAGUACUUCCAGAAGGUAAAAUGGCAAUACAUGAUUCUGGACGAAGCUCAAGCCAUCAAGUCUUCUUCCAGUUCGCGAUGGAAGAACUUGCUAGGGUUCAGCUGCCGCAAUCGUCUUCUGUUGACCGGUACUCCGAUCCAAAACAACAUGCAAGAACUGUGGGCCCUGCUCCAUUUCAUCAUGCCCACUCUGUUCGAUUCUCACGACGAGUUCAGCGAGUGGUUCUCCAAGGACAUUGAGUCGCAUGCGCAGAGUAACACCAAGCUCAACGAAGACCAGCUCAAGCGUUUGCACAUGAUUUUGAAGCCUUUCAUGCUGCGUCGUGUCAAGAAGAACGUGCAACAGGAACUUGGAGACAAGGUCGAGAAGGAUAUCUUCUGCGAUCUUACAUACCGCCAACGUGCCCUCUAUGCCAACUUGCGCAACCGUGUCAGCAUCAUCGACCUCAUUGAGAAGGCUACCACCGGCGAUGAUACGGACAGUAGCACCUUGAUGAACUUGGUCAUGCAAUUCCGAAAGGUUUGCAACCAUCCCGAUCUUUUUGAGCGCGCGGAAACAAAAUCCCCCUUCUCCGCUGCAUCAUUUGCGGAAACCGCCUCCUUUGUGCGCGAAGGGCACUUUGUCGAUGUUCGUUACUCAACACAAAACUUGAUUGAUUACGAGUUGCCGCGUCUUUUAUGUAGCCCUGAGGGCCGUCUGGAUCUUCCUGGGUCCAAGAAUCCGCGCGCCGGCUUCCAAAAUAAAUACCUGUCAGAACUCAUGAACGUCUGGACACCGGAGAACAUCCACAAGAGUGCGCGUGAAGAUGGCGCAUUCUCGUUCUUGCGUUUUGUCGAUAGUUCCGCAGGCGAAGCAAGUGAGACCGCUCGACUUGGUGUCUACGAGCGCGCAGAGCGUCGCCGCAGCAAGCCGAACAGACUCUCUCGCUUGAAUGUCAUUUAUGACGAGAGUGAAGACCCAAAGAACUCGGUUUUGUCUCACUCACUGUUCAAUAUCGUCGAUCGUGACGAUCGCCAGGCUGUCCGCGAUAUCACCGUCGAGGGCCGCAUGCGGGAUCUCAUGACUGUCUCACGCUCAUCAUUUGAAAAGCAAGGCCUUCACCUCAUUGAGCCAUGUGCUGCCCCUAAGGCUUCGGCGCCUCCCAUUGUCAUGUCUGCUUCUGGACAACAAGCGAUACGGGAAUCAAACCAAGCUUUGUUCAAUACAUCUGUCCGGCAAGCAUUGUCUGGAAACCGUACAAGGCAACUAGAGGAGCAGAUCCUGAUCAAGAAGCUGGAUCCUACACCUUACUCCCACCCUCCGAUGCUGCCUCCACCUGUCUCGCUCAAGGGCCGCUACAGCCACAUCGAGGUUCCCUCGAUGCGUCGUUUCGUGACGGACUCCGGCAAGCUAGCCAAAUUGGACCAGCUGUUGCGCGAGCUCAAGCCCGGCGGCCACCGUGUGCUUCUGUACUUCCAGAUGACACGUAUGAUCGAUUUGAUGGAGGAGUAUCUGACGUACCGAAACUUCAAGUACUGUCGACUGGACGGAAGCACCAAGCUGGAAGACCGUCGCGACACGGUCGCCGACUUCCAGUCAAACCCCGACAUCUUCGUCUUCCUGCUGUCCACUCGUGCCGGUGGUCUGGGUAUCAACUUGACGGCCGCCGACACGGUCAUUUUCUACGACUCCGAUUGGAACCCGACCAUCGAUUCGCAGGCUAUGGAUCGUGCCCAUCGUCUCGGUCAAACCCGCCAGGUUACCGUCUACCGUCUCAUCACUCGCGGAACCAUCGAAGAGCGCAUCCGCAAGCGUGCCUUGCAGAAAGAGGAGGUGCAGCGCGUUGUCAUUACAGGUGGUGCCUCUGGCGGCGUCGACUUUAACACACGCGCUCGCGAGAACCGCACCAAAGAUAUUGCCCUGUGGCUUGCCGAUGACGACGAGGCCGAACUCAUCGAGCAGAAGGAGAAGGAGGCCAUCGAACGCGGCGAAACUCUCGGCGCAAAGGGAGGCAAAAAGGCCGCCCAGAAACGCAAGCGUGAUCUUACGCUUGAUGAUAUGUACCAUGAAGGCGAGGGUAACUUCGACGAUGCUAGCGCGAAACCCUCGGGCGCUGCCACGCCUGCAGAAGAGCCUGUUGAGACCCCGUCGUCAACGCCUGCCAAGCGUGGCCGCGGCCGCGGCCCUGGCAAAGGUACCUCCAAACGUGCAAAGACUACCAAAGAGCGUCUCCGUCUGAUCGACGGUGACGGUGGCCUUGAUUAA